AUGGAAGAAGAUGCUUUAUGGAUACCUCUUUUAGUUAUUUGCGCUAUUGUGCUUAGUGUCGGAAUUAUUUUUCUCAUUUGUUGUUUAUGUACAAAAUAUCGUCAACGAUCAUCUCGUGAUACGCGAUUUCAUAGUGCUGUUGAUAUCGAUACUCCUCUAUUACAACGUUUAGCUCAACCAAAACGUCAACGAGAACUUGAUAGUCAACGUUCAGCUCUAUUAACAUGUCACUUUUAUGUACGGUGUGGAAAUGAGUAUACAUUCAACUCACAAUUAACACAGAUAGGUUAUAGAAUUGAUAAACAUUGGUUUCUAUUAAAUUCCAAAAAGGGUAGUGGUAGUCAGGGUUCAGUUCUUUUAAGUCUAUUUCCUAAAAAUGAUAUCUUUCAAUUUCCUGUAGAAGAAAGUAUUUACAUUUCGAUUUUAAAUGAACUAUUUUCCUAUCUAUAUCAUCCUUAUGUUGAACAGAUUAAAAGAAUCGAUUAUAUUCAAAAUCAACUAUUAUUUGUACUGAUUAAAGACUAUCAAACAAAUGGUUCACUUAAAGAUUUAAUACAUGGUGUGGUACCAACAGCACAAUUUAAUGGAAAAUACAGUUAUCGUAGUUCUGGCUUAUCACUUGAACGUGUUCGUUUAUAUUCUACACAAAUUCUAGAAGGUCUACUCUAUUUGAAAGAAAAGGGUAUUCCUCCUCUCGUUGACUUGCAUACUGGCAAUAUUGUCAUCACUCGAAAUGGGCAGUGUGCACAAAUUGGCUCUUAUGAAUAUUCAUUUCUUCAAGAACGAUCACGUAUAGCAUUAUUUGUUAAACGAUCUGUCUAUAAUAUGCAACCAAAUAAUACGGAUGAGAUGUCAAAAAGCGAUAUUAGUGAAGUGAUUUGUUUUGGUCGUAUUAUAUUUGAAAUGGUAUCGGGUUAUGAGUUGGACACGAGUACUUUGACACCCAAACAUUGGCAUGAUUGUCGAGAUGAUAGUGUGAGACAACUACUAACAAUAAUAUUCGAUGGAACUAAGCCUGUUCUGACAUUAAGAGAUAUCCAGCAAUUACCAUACUUUAAAACUGGUCCGCCGUUAAAAGAAUUAACAAAUUUUCAACCUAUUCUUGUUGAAUAUUCUCAGGAUAUAAAAUCCAUCUUAGAUCACACAAAACAACAAAAAAAAACAUUAUUGACAAAACCGACGUCAACUCAGACAACAACAAUGUCCGUAUCGAGCAAAAGAUCAAGUGGAAGUUUGAAAAGAAGUUCAGCAACAUUACCCGUUAGAAGAUCAAAAUCGAUAGCAACAACAUCUCUGAUUAAUUUAAACUACAGUCAGCAGCCAAAAUCAACGGCUAUCGAACAAAUAAAUAUGUCGCAAUUACCCAAUCGACCACCACCACUCGCAAAAAAUCCGCCAUCACCACCUUUACCACCAAUGGCUAUACCAGAAUUAGGUGCUAGUGGUGAAGGUGAUCGAUCAGCAUUAUUAGGUGAUAUUCGACAAGGAUUUCAACUAAGAAAAACAGUAACAAACGAUAGAAGCGCACCAGUAGUGAAAUAA